AUGGCUUGCAGUAGCGGCAACAGGAACAGGGGAGAGAGGCUAAAACCGGUCCAAUCAGCCACGAGGAGACGUCUCUGGAAGUGCAGGUUUGAUAGGGUAGCUGUGGAAGAUGAACAGAUGACUACGAAGACUAUACAAAGACACACUGAGCCGAACCUCAUCAAACUCGCGGCAAACGAUUCAGCCAUCAUAUCCUCGCCAUCCUAUCCAAGCAACUACCAGAACAAUCAGGACAGCCAGUGGGUUAUCCAAACAGCGGAGAACUUUAGAAUCCUCCUCAGUUUCAAAGCUUUCAGCACGGAGAGUUGUUGCGACCAUCUGAGUGUCGGGGACGGUAUGGAUUCUGCAAACUACUCUACAAGGAUCUUCAGGUCGAGUGGGAGCAGUCUCCCGCCUGAUACGCUCUCAGCCGGCAAUGCCAUGUGGCUUAGGUUCACAUCUGAUGGAGGUUGUGUAUUUAACUCUUGUCUGAACAGCGGGACGUGUCAACCAGUGGGGAGGUCUGGCUUCAACUGUGAAUGUCUAGAUGGGUUUGAAGGCACGAGAUGUGAAACAGAGCUGAUCAAUCUUGCGGCAAACCAGUCAAUCAACAUUACCUCGCCAUCCUAUCCAAACUACUACCCGAACAAUCUGGACAUCCAGUGGGUUAUCCAAACAGCGGAGGACUUUAGAAUCCUCCUCAGUUUCAAAGCUUUCAGCACGGAGAGUUGUUGCGACCAUCUGAGUGUCGGGGACGGUAUGGAUUCUGCGAACUACUUUAAAAGGAUCUUCAUGUCGAGUGGGAACAGUCUCCGGCCUGAUACGCUCUCAGCCGGCAAUGCCAUGUGGCUUAGGUUCACAUCUGAUGAAGGUGGCACCAGAAGUGGUUUUUCUCUAUCAGCUCGAAGCUAUGGAUCAGUUGAGCUGAUCAAUCUUGCGGCAAACCAGUCAAUCAACAUUACCUCGCCAUCCUAUCCAAGCAACUACCAGAACAAUCUGGACAUCGAAUGGGUUAUCCAAACAGCGGAGGACUUUAGCAUCAUCCUCAGUUUCUACGCUUUCAACACGCGGUAUAAUGAUAAUGUGGGGGUUGGCAAUGGCCUCGCCUCUACCGACUCCUCCACUACGGUCUUCCGUAAAAGUGGGAACGUUCUCCCGCCUGAUACGCUUUCAACCGGCAAUGCCAUGUGGCUAACGUUCACAACUGAUGGUUAUGAAAACAACAAAGGCUUUUCUCUAUCAGCUCGAAGCAUUGGAGCAAUUGGUUGCAUAUUGAACUCUUGUUUGAACCGCGGGACGUGUCAACCAGUGGGGAGGUCUGGCUUUAACUGUGAAUGUCUAGAUGGGUUUGCAGGAACGAGGUGCGAAGCAGCAAACCAGUCAAUCAACAUUACCUCGCCAUCCUAUCCAAGCAACUACCCGGACAUACUCGACAUCCAGUGGGUUAUCCAAACAGCGGAGGACCAGAGAAUCAUCCUCAGUUUCCACGUAUUCAAUACGGAGAGUUGUUGCGGCCAUCUGAUUGCCGGGGAUGGUAUCGAUUGGACAAACUCCUCUACAAUGAUCAUCCUUUUGCCUGGAAGGAGUUUCCCGUCUGAUACGCCCUCAACUGGCAAUGUCAUGUGGCUAAGGUUCAUAUCUUUUGGUGAUUUGUUCGGUUGUGUAUUGAACUCUUGUCUGAACAGCGGGACGUGUCAACCAGUGAGGAGAUCUGGCUUUAACUGUGAAUGUCUAGAUGGGUUUGCAGGAACGAGGUGCGAAGCAGGUAAGGACUAUCACUAA